AUGGCGAUCCAGCGUCUGCUUCGUUUCGAGGCUUCUCGGCUUCGCUUCUUGACUAGAACAGUAGCCAGAUACACGAGCGAUUGUCAUUCUAAUAUUAACCAUGAAGAAGACAGCAGCACCAGUUACGAUGCAACUAAGUACUAUCCUGCUUGUAUUGGAGAGCUUAUUCAAGACAAAUACCGCUUGAUAUCGAAACUCGGAUGGGGCGGCAAUUCUAGUGUGUGGCUGGCUAAGGACACUUCGCGAUGGCCCUGGCAGUCAGACCGGUACUACGCUUUGAAAAUCUCGAACUGCGGCGUUAGAGAUCGGGAGUUCGCCCAGGAAGAGCUCCUCAUAUCUCGCCACAUUUCUCAACUAAAGUCCAGCCACCAAGGUCGGGCGUAUGUCCGCGUAGCAAAUGCGUAUUUCGACAUCCAGGGUCCUUAUGGAGAACAUACGUGUUUAGUGUUCGACCCAUUAAGAGAACCGCUCUGGCGUUUGGGGAGGCAAUUCGGCGGUAUUGGCGUCCCUCCUAAUGUGCUGAAGGCCUUCUUGAGACUAUUGCUAGAGGGUCUGGAUUUCCUCCAUACUGAAUGCCGUAUCAUACAUACUGAUCUUAAGUCGGAAAAUCUCCUAGUGGGAUUUGAAAACGACACCAUCCUUGACCGUUACGUGCACCACCAGGAAAGCCAUCCUCCUCCGUACAAGAUAGGUGCUGGUCGUCGUCGUAUCUGCCAGUCACGCCCUGAUUUCGGGCGUUUGCAAGGAGGCAUGCGGUGUGUCAAGAUAGCAGACUUCAGUACUGCCGUUUUUGGUGAUCAGUCUACUCCUCAUACGCACGAUAUCCAACCGCGGCAAUUCCGCGCACCGGAAGUCCUCUUACAGUGCGCGUGGUCGUAUAGCGCGGAUAUAUGGAAUUUAGGGACUGCGCUUUGGGAGCUACUUGGAGAAACCGAUCUUUUCGACUGCAUAGAUCACAGAGCUAAUGCUUAUGGCCGCGGUGCUCACUUGGCCCAGAUCUUUCGUCUCCUUGGCCCGCCGCCUUUGCGAUUUCUGGAGAGGGUCGAUCCGACUAUACGUUCUAUUCUUUUCUCCGACGAUGGUACAACUUCCUAUCCUUCAUGA